CUGCUUUCUUUAGCUUUUCCUCUAAUCCGUUUUCUAUUUAGAUUUUCACCUUCUGCUGUUUUUGCCCUGGAUGGAUCGCGCUGGUUAGCUGCUGCUAUCAUCUCGUCGAUUCUUAUUUGAGAGAUUGGCGGUUGACUGUGAUAUAGUAUAGAUGGCUAGGGGUGUUGGGGAAUCAACGAGCAGGGAUGACUCUAAUGUUUUCAACUCUGGAAGUAAUAGUACUAGCAACAAUGAUGCUGGAAGUUUUGAAUGUAACAUUUGCUUUGAAUUAGCACAAGAUCCGAUCGUUACACUAUGCGGCCAUCUAUAUUGCUGGCCCUGUCUUUACCAAUGGCUCCAUGGCCAUGCCCAUUCUUCUGAAUGUCCGGUUUGUAAGGCGGUUAUUGAAGAGAAUAAGCUAGUUCCUCUUUAUGGCAGGGGUAAAACAUCUACAGAUCCACGCUCUAAAUCCAAUCCUGGUGUUAAUAUACCUCAUCGUCCCUCGGGACAAAGGCCUGCAACUGCUCCGCCCCCUGACCCUAAUCAUUUUCCUCAGGCACAUCCAUGGUUCAUGGGUGGGUCACCUUUGGGCAGUGCGAGAUUUGGGAACUAUACUUUCUCUGCUGCUAUUGGUGGUCUGUUUCCAUUGCUCAAUUUCCAGGUGCAUGGAUUUCCAGAUGCAACUACUUAUGGGCCAGCUGCUGGAUUUCAAUAUGGCUAUCCUCAUUCAUUUCAUGGCGGGCAUGCUCAUGGUUACCCCAGGCAAGUGACACAUGGCCAGCAGGCUGAUGUGUAUCUCAAGGCACUUUUGAUCCUGGUUGGUGCUCUUGUGAUUGCUUCUCUUGUUUGGUUUUAGUUAAUUGUAAUUUCAUAUUUUUCUACCCAUGCAUUUAUGGAACCAUCAAUUUUAUGAUAUUGUGUGAACUGAAAUGUUUUCAUUUUCUCGAUGAAUGUAGAAAUCUAAAUUCAUUGCUCAUAAAAAUCAUCCUAUGUACCCGAUUAUACUAA